AUGGAUGAGGACAUCGACUUUGACGCAGAGCUCGACAUUCAGGACUCGCCUCGUCACAGCAUCGAUGCAGAGGAAUAUGCUGACGGCUUCGUGGAGAUGGUGGCGAGCAUGGAGGCCACCAGGCCCGAGAUCGUCCGCGGCAUUCCGAUGCAUCGUGCCUUGCAAGGCUGUGGCCGAGCCAUCCGAGGGCAGGAAAUGGCCCGAUUGUACCGAAGCAGCCGGAUAACCGCCAGCAUCGACGAGUUCUGGUCGCACAGCUGGCACACCAGCGUUUGGAUGAAGUUCUGCACCAUGUGGUUUGUGAACCGAAGCACCAUGGCAGCCGUCUGUGGAAUGCUGGGCGCAUGCCUCGGCCUAAUGGCACGCCUCUGCGGUAUUCUGCCGAGGUUCCAGGAGACGCCCGGCUUCUUUCAAUCGCAGUGGUGUGUCAUCUUCGGCUGUGUGGGCCACUACGGCGCCAUACUCCUCUGGAAGCCUAGUCGGCUAGUCUUCCUGGAUGCCGCCUGCAUCGAUCAGGGCGAUGAGCUCAUGAAGGGCGAGGCACUGAUAAGCAUGGGUGCCAUCCUGAAGAGCUCCUCAUCGCUGCAGGUCUUUUGGGAUGCUUCCUGGAACACGCGAUUUUGGUGUGUGUUCGAGUUGGCGGCUUUCCUGCAUGGCCAUGAGCCGGAGAAAGCACGCCCUGACUUGCGCAUCCACCCCACACUGAUGGGGCCAGUGUUAAUGAUUGCCCAUGUGGGCUUAUGUUUGCUGCUCUUGAUGCUUCCGCUCUUGCUCAGAUGGGGCUCUGAGCUGUGGGCGUCAGCUGGACUCACAUUGUUUACGGGCGUUUUGAUGUCAUUCACCUUUCUUGCCCACGUUGGUCGAGCAUUUACCCGAGAUUUGGACACGCUGCAGAAGAGUCUGGCCGAGUUCCGAAUCGAAAGCGCAAGAUGCUUCUGCUGUGACAACAACCACGUGGAUGAAACAGGCGAGGCCCUGAUUUGCGACCGCAUGGUGUUGCUUCGGUGUAUCUCCGUGUGGUUUGGAAGCAAGGAGGCGUUUGACCUCCGCGUGCGAGGGCCCGUGAGGAAGAUGCUACUUGGGCACCUGACCAGCCCAGGCCACCUGUACCGACGCAUCGUCGAAACCGCCAGCCCAGUCAUGUGGCUUUUCUUGGACCGCCUGGCCAUGUUCAUGACGACCGAAAAAGACCGAACUUUCGGAAGAGCUGUGGAGGCCCUCAUGGCAGGUCUCGGAUACUGGCUGGCCACGAUCCCCACCGUUGUCAUGGUCUCCUUGGCCAUGGCCUAUGCGCUCCGGGCAAAGCAGAAGGGCGUGGUCUGGGAAGCGCUACGUGCAGUUGUGGUCAUCGCAGUGGGUGGCAGUCUCCUCCCCCUAAAUUACAGCCUUGAGCAGAUGAUUUAUACGGAAUUCACAGAGCCUGGCAACUUCUUUCACCUGGCCGUGGCACAGACCUUGAUCUUUUGUGGCCUAGCGGCAAUCACCAUCCUCGUCACACAGGCCUUUUCCAGGGCACGGAGAUAUGCCUUGGCAUUGGACCGCUGA